AUGUCCAAUCCUCAAAUGACCACCGAUGCUAUCCUUGCACGUUUCCCUCAAAUCUUGACAGAAGAAGAAAAACGAUUACCAGAUGAUAAAAAAUCACAAGUACUCAAAUCGAAAAUCGCCAUUUUCUUACGGAACCAACAAACCAAACAGGCUCAAGCUCAACAGCAACAGCAACAUGGGAUGCAAGCUCGUCCCCUUGGAGUCGGGGUCAGACCUGGACAGAGUCCUAGGAUUGGGAUGAUGCAGGGUGUUGCUAACCAGACCUUCCCCGCUCAGAUGGUUCCUCAAAGCCAACAAGGACAACAUCAACUCCAACAACAGAUUCAGAUGCAACAACAACAACAGCAGCAGCAACAGAUGAAUCAGAUGUCUGUCCCACAACGAAUGCCUUCCAUGAGUUCCGUCUCACCUCAACAUCCACCACAAUCCUCACCAGCAAAUAACGCACAAAUGUUAGGCAGAUCUCCGAACCCUAACAGCGUACCGAAUAGGGGUCCGACACCCGUUGGAGGUCGUCCUACCAUGGGAACGAUGGGAGCCGUACAAGCUUCUGCGUUAAUAGACAAAUUUCCACAGUUGUUACAUAUGCACCAAACUGGGAAUAUGCCUCCUGAUUUGGAAAAGGCUUUCCGCUCUCUCCUCGCCACUCCCGAAGGCAAAGCUCAACUUGAACGUCACCGAGCAGAACAAGCAAACCUCCUGGUUCAAAAUCAUCUCUCCAAUCCCAUCUCGCAGAUGCAACACCCUCACCCUGUUCAGACUCCACAAAAUGGCAUGGACGCCAAUCAAGCUGCGAUAGCUCAACAACACAUCGCCGUCCUUCAACAACAACAAAAGCAGCAACAAGCCCAACUUGCCAAUACCAAUCAAUUCGCACAUGUCCUCGGUAACAACUCUGCGUAUCAGAAUCUUCAUAACCCCCAAGUGGUCGCCCAAGUACAACAGCAACUCCAACUACGUCAACUACAAGCUAUGCAACGUGGGUCAGGACAAACACCACAGCAAGUGGCCACUCAAGCUGCCGCCUUGGCUCAUGCUCAAGCUCAAUCACGUUUAAUGCAACAGCAACAGCAACAGCAACAAGCCGUUCAGUCUCAGCAACAUUCUCAGGGGAUGAUGAUGGCUCAACAACAAAUGAUGGAUAGUCCUCAGCAAUUCGCAUCUCCACAUCCACCGAAUCAACAGGCUAUGCCGAAUCAACCUCAGCCACAAGGACAGAUGCAAACGCAGCAUCUUCCUACCCAGCAGACUCAGAUGGGAGGACAACCGCCAUUAUCUUUAAACCCUAAGAUGAGAGCUACAUUCCAGAAACUCAUGCAGGUACCUGAACAGCAGAGGGAAGGGUUGUUCGCUCAACGCCCCGAACUUCGAGCGAUGUAUCUGGCAUGGUUACAACAAGGUCAACAAUCCGCUCCGCAUAUGCAGCAACAUCUAAACACGAACAUUUCCACCCAAUCACCUCAUCUAGGCCCUUCCACACCUAAUGGCAAUCAACCUCGUCCUCCUGCAAAUUUCUCCAUUGCCAAUAACGUACCUAACAACCUCCACAUACCCAUAAAUAGACAACGCAACAUCAUUCAAAAUCAGGUACCUCAAUCAGCUUCUGAAUCUCCUCGUCCACCUCAACUCCCUACCGUCCCAUCUGCUCCCAACCCAAACGUGGUACAAGCUCAGGUCCAGGCCAUACAAAGGUUACAAUCAAUGCAAGGGCUUCAAGUCGAUCAAGCAAUACAAAAUGCCGUCAGACCUACGCCUCCGAUCGGAAUGUCAUCCAUGGCGGCGUUAUCUAGUCAAAUGAUUUCACCGAGUAUGUUCGUAGCUACCAUGUCUGCUCAAUCUCAAUCUCGUCCACCAAUGUCUCAAGUGAGAGAACCGAAUGAAAGUGGGAUAGUGACUGAUCAAACGGGAUCUUUACUAGCUCAAAAGUCGUGGGAACCUACGGAAGAGUAUGAUGCGAUGUUGAGGGAGAAGAUGAAUACGUUUAGAUCACCCAUGAGAAAUAAUGACAGGGGUUCCUUGGGUGGGAGAAUGGCGAGUAGUAGGUUGUUAGGGGACGUUGUGGUGGAGAAAAUACCGGAGGGUUUACAAGCGAUUUUGGAUGAGACUAUGAGUGUGGAAGGAGAUGAGGAGAAGGGGGAGAAGAAGAGGGGAGCGUUGGAAGGGAGUGGAUUACCAGGACAAAAGAAGAGAAAGGUUCAGGAAAUGGCAGAGAGUGUGGAUAGGGGUUUGUUGGUUGAAGGGGAUGUGGAAAUGUUGUUCCUUCAAUUAGCCGAUGAACAAGCCGACACACUAUGUCAAGUCAGUGUCGACCUCGCCUCCCAUCGGAAAUCCAGUACCAUUGAUAGAAAAGAUGUCCAACUUGCUUAUGAAAUGCUCUCCGGUCGGAUCAUCCCCGGUUUUUCAUCCGAUUCCAUACGUCUAGACCAAUCCCGUACUUCUCGUAUGCCCCCAAUCCCAUCACAUCGCGCAACUCGGAUAAAAUUAGUUGCUGACGCACGCGCGACAUGGAGGAAAGAAAGACAAGCUGAGAGAAAUGCGGCCGAAGUCACAUAA